AUGGCCGACAAAGUUCCAGUUUCUAUCCCCGAGAUGGAUACUCUCUCUGAGGAACAGGAAAAGAUCGUAAAAUCGUUCCUUAAAGAUAUCUCCAAACACUAUGGUGGUUCGUAUCCUUCUCAAUUCAUGAAAUGCUCUAACGAAGAGGAUCGACGUAUCCUUGCAUACAAGUACCUCAAGGCCCGUCGAUGGAAUACCGCAAAGGCGAUGGAAAUGGUUAACAAGACCAUGCAAUUUCGAGAAGAACAUAAUGCGGAUUCAGUACCUUUGUUUCCCUGUGCCUUUCAUCUGCGCGGGUAUGAUGAGAAUGACAUCAUGAAGACAUUAAAUGAGCCUUGCGCAGAAGAACAAAGAGAAGUCGAUAUGUGCUACCUUGCUAUGACUCCCUACUACAGUACUGGGUACCACUACUGGGAUAAGGAAGGUCAUCCUGUUUUGUACGACUUUUCUGGUCGCUGUGAUGUGAAAGGAUUACUUAAAUCAAUUAGUCGAGUGACACCUGUUGGUAGUCAAAUUAAGGAUAUAUUUCUUUCUUACCAUCUCUAUAUGAAUUUUGUGCAAGAGCGUCUUGUACGUUAUGCAGAUAUAAAGAGUGUGGAGAAAGGAGGCCGUCGUAUUCUUGGUACUACUGUGGUAUUGGAUGCAGAAGGGCUUAAUAUGGGAAUGAUUGGAUCUCAAAUUAUUGACGUGGUACGUGGAAUAUUCAAUAUGGAUCAGGAAUAUUUCCCUGAAACUUUGCAUCGUUUAUUUGUUAUUAAUUGUCCUUCUAUUGUCAUGUAUGCUUUUGGUUUACUGAAAGGAUCUAUUGAUGAGAAUACUCAACAAAAAGUAAUCUUUUGUUCUAAGGCUCAAUCCCUGGAUGUACUCAAGAAAGUCAUUGAUGAAGAUAAAAUACCAAAAAUAUUGGGUGGAUCUUGUGAGUGUCCAGGUGGUUGUGCACCAGGUGUGGACUGUAAAUGCAAAAAUGUGGAACACAUUUGUGGUUCUAUGCCACUCACAGUAGAUAUUUCUAUUUCUCCUGGAAAAACACACGUUGUGGAGUUGGAACUCCAAGAAGAAGAAGAAGGACGUUGGGAGUUUGUGUGUAGAAAGGGUGGUAGUACACAUACCUCAGAUAUUCAUUUUCGUGUUUUUUUUCGGGCUCAAGAGGAUAUGGAGUUAUCGAAAGAUGAAGGUCAAGAACGUUCAAAGUCUUCAAAAAAGUCUGCAGAUAAUCGAAAGUCAAGUACUACAGACAAGUUUUUUGAACAGGAACUCAAAUCAAGUAAACUGGAGAGAGAUAUGGAUUGUUUUGCCGCAGUUAAGCGAGGUAUACUAAGACUUGAGUGGGAUAAUCAAUCCUCUUGGGUCCAUAGUAAGCAAGUACAGUUACGUGUUUACCGAAGGUGUAUUACCACAGGCGCGCUAUUAACUCCAUGA